GAAAUAAAAUAUUUAAUUAAAUACUCUAUUACCUAUAUUUUAAAGACUAAGUUCUUUUUAGCUUUCUAUAUAAUAUAUAAAGCUAUUAUAAUAGAAAGAAAUAUUAGGGGAGCUUUUAAAAGAGCUAGUUUUAUUUCCCUUAACCUAGAAAGAAUAAUCUCAAAGCUUAAUAUUUAG